AUGGUAUUUUCGGAAAUUGUGGGUACUUUGUCUUUUCUUCAACCUCAAGCUGACGAUGACUUUGUGGAUCGUCUACAUUAUUACUAUACAAGUACAUUUCUACUUGUCACCGCGGUUCUGAUAAGUCUUAAAAUGUUUGGUGGACGACCAAUUGAGUGUUGGGUACCAGCGGAAUAUAAAGGCAGUUGGGAAGACUACACUGAAAUGUUUUGCUGGGCAAGAAGUACGUAUUGGGUAUCGUUUGAAGAAAAAAUUCCAAAUGAAGUUCAGGUCCGUGAAAGUCGAAUGAUAUCAUAUUAUCAGUGGACGCCAUUCUUUCUGGUUAUAUGUGCUUUCUGUUUCUACUCACCGUGCUUAAUAUGGCGUCUUAUGUAUGGAAAAUCAGGAAUACGUUUAAAGGAUAUUAUGCAGUUUGCAACAGAUAAGUCGAAUGUUCAACCAGCAACAAGACAAUGCAAUAUUGAAGGACUGGCAGCUCAUCUGUCGUCUGUUUUUAAGCAUCGAUUCCGCUUUGGCACUUCUCACCCUUAUCACCACAGAUUCUUAAGAAUUCUUAAUUUCCGCUUUUACGAGGCUUACUUAACAGCUCUUUAUAUAAUAAUCAAACUUUUAUACUUUGUUAACGUUGCUGGCCAGAUGUUUCUGAUAAAUCGAUUUCUGCAAACCGACAGAUAUGGUUUUUACGGUUUCGAAGUCCUUAAAGAUUUGAUCAAUGGGCGACCAUGGCAAGAAUCUGGAAAUUUCCCGCGAGUUACACUUUGCGAUAUGAACAUCAGAAUCUUGGGGAAUGUUCAACGGCAUACUGUUCAAUGUGUUCUUGUCAUAAACAUAUUCACUGAAAAGGUGUUUAUAUUAUUAUGGAUGUGGUAUAUAAUAUUAGCAGUAAUCUCAUUAGUUAGCUGCUUUACUUGGAUUUUCUUUGCGCUGCCAUUUGAGCAAAGAAAAAAAUUUAUUGCUAGACGACUGGAAUUAGCUGAUGUAGAGUUUGAACGAAAAAAUGUUAGAUAUGAGUUAGAUGAGUUUGUCAGAAAUUACAUCAAAAUUGACGGUGCAUUUGUGUUGAAAAUGUUGACGGUUCAUGCUGGUAUACUGAUUUGCACUGAAGUCGUUGACGUCAUGUGGGACAGUUUCCUCACUGAGCAAGGUUUGUUGACGACCUUACAGUUAUAA